CACACCUUCUCGUUUUGUGUUCACACCGCUCUAGAUUGUGAAUUAGUCUCGAAAGUAUUUCACACUGGACAUCAUCCUCCCUUGUUCAAUUGUCAAAUAUACCCCCCCAGAGCUUCACACAUAAUGUCUUUCCCCUGGUCAGCGAAGAACCUGCCCAAGCAGAUCUUCAUCAACAACGAAUACGUGGAAUCCAAGUCUGCGAAGAAGCUCACUCUCCACAACCCCAAAAAUGGCGAAUUGAUUGCCAACGAUGUCGCGCUCGCUGGCGAGCAGGAUGUCGACGAGGCUGUGGCUGCCGCCGAGAAGGCAUUUGCUGGCUGGAAGAAGACCUCUCCUACCGAGAGGCGCAACAUCAUGAACAAAUUUGCCGAUCUCGUGGAGAAGAACGCCGAGGCGAUCGCAGAAUUGACCAGAAUUUCGCUCGGUGCACCUUUCAAGGCGUUUGGUGCCUUCGAAGUCGGCCUUUGCGCAGAGGCUUUCCGAUACAACGCUGGAUGGAUUGACAAGUUUGGCGGCGAGUCCUGGCCACAAGACGAUGGUUUUCUCAAGAUCGUGCGCAAUGAGCCUCUCGGUGUCACAGCUGGCGUUGUUCCCUGGAACGGCCCCGUCGGAACGAUUGGCCUCAAGGCAGCUCCUGCGCUCGCGACCGGAAACGUCUUCAUCUUGAAGCCUUCAGAAAAGACGCCUUUCUCCUCCCUCGCUCUCGGUACCUUGAUCAAAGAGGCCGGCUUCCCACCAGGUGUUUUCCAGAUCUUGCCCGGUGACGGAAGCACAGGUGCUCUCCUCGCUAGCCACAUGCGCAUCCGCAAAGUCUCGUUCACGGGUAGCAUUGCGACUGGAAAGAAAAUCCAGGAGAUGGCGGCCAAGUCCAACCUCAAGCGCGUGACCUUGGAACUUGGUGGAAAGUCUCCUGCGGUAGUCUUCGACGACUGCAAUCUGGAGAACGCCGUCACGUGGACGGCCAAUGCGAUCACAGCCAAUACCGGACAGGUCUGCUUUGCCGCUUCUCGCGUAUACGUUCAGGAGGGCAUCUACGACAAGUUCAUUGAGAAAUAUAAGGAGGCUAUGCAGGCAAAGGCAAAGGAGGUCGGCGAUCCCGAUUCGGAGGGCACCAACAUUGGUCCUCUUGUAGAUGAGGCCCAAUUCAAGCGUGUCUCUGGUUUCAUCGAGCGUGGCCAGCAGGGACAAGGCAAAUUGCUUGUUGGUGGGCAGCGAAUCGGCGACAAGGGUUACUACAUUGAGCCAACGGUCUUCACCGACGUUGAUCCCGAGUCAGAAAUCCACUGCGAAGAGAUCUUUGGCCCAGUCUCGGUUGUCAAGUCCUUCAAGACAGAAGAGGAGAUCAUGAAGCUGUCUAACGACACCAACUUCGGCCUCAUGGCUGGUGUCUUCACACAGGAUAUCAACAAGGCUCUGAGGGUUGCUUCAGAUUUCGAGUCUGGUAUGGUGGGUGUGAACUGUGUCAGUUUGAUGUUUAUGGUCAGCCCAUUUGGUGGCUCCAAGGAGAGUGGACUAGGACGAGAGUGUGGCAUUCACGCUUUGAGGGCAUUCACGGAGCCAAAGACAAUUAUGGUGAACAUGAAUUAUUAA